AUGCGUGCGAGCGAGUACACGGCGCCAUCACCAACAACGGUGGAUGCUCACAGGACUCUUCAGAGGAGCCAUGUCGCCCUCUCAGAGGAGAAGGUCACGAUCACCCUAGGGGUAACAAAGACGGCACAGUCGGGCGCUGGUGGCACAGUGUUACUGCAUGCAAGCAGGUAUCCCGCAACCUGCCCUGUGCGUUCAGUCGCUGCCUACAUAAGUGCCAGGGAGUGGGCGGAUACAGGUGCCCCAUUCUUCGCCUUCCGCGAGGGGCGCUACCUAACCCCGGGCGACGUGAACGCCAUUCUCAAGAGGGCUUUCGGCCCAGGCGUUUCAAGCCAUUCUCUGCGGAUCGGUGGUGCUACGGCCAUGGCCGAACGACAGGCCCCGGAGUGGCAAAUUCAAGCGGCAGGGCGCUGGUCAAGCUCUGCGUACAAGGCGUACGUCCGUGUCCCGUCGGGCAUGCCAGCUUAUCAGCAGACAGAGCUAGCGUAG